CCUUCGAAGAUGAAUAGCUCGCUGUAUUUAAUCUCAUGAAACGAAGGGGCGGGUUGUUUUUGUAUUUCCUCCCCACAUCCUGCGCUGACCCUCCGCUACCCCCGAGAACAGGACACACACUUGCGGAGCAACAAGCCUCUCUGUGGAGGGAAAAAAACCUUUAUCUGCGUUUCGGUUCUUGCGGAGGCGCUGCCUUUUAAGCUAACAGGAAAGAUGAGCAGCAUGUAUAAGGAAGAGCAGGAUGACUGGAUAACGGUCUGUCUCAAGUACCUCCUUUUCGUUUUCAACUUCCUUUUCUGGAUGGGUGGUGGGGUGGUGAUGGGUGUCGGGAUCUGGACGCUGGUCGACAAAGGAGACUACCUGAGUCUUCUGGCCUCCAGUACAUUCGCUGUGUCCGCCUACAUUCUGAUUCUGGCGGGGGGACUGGUCAUGGUCACUGGCUUCCUGGGCUGCUUUGCUGUCAUUCGAGAGCAGAGGAGCUGUCUGUCCACGUACUUCUCGUGUCUGCUUCUGAUCUUCCUCAUUGAGUUGGUGGCUGGUGUUCUGGCCUAUGUGUAUUACCAAACGCUGAGUGAAGAGCUGAAACAGCACCUUAGUAAGACGAUGACAGAGAACUUCGCUCAGCCUGGGAAAGAGAGUAUCACUCAGUCUGUGGACAGACUACAGCAGGAUUUCAAAUGCUGUGGGAGCAACAACUCUUAUGAUUGGACAAACAGUGUGUACAUCAAAUCCCCGGAGGCGGAGACAAGGUUGGUCCCUGAUAGCUGCUGUAAGACCAUGACCCCUCAGUGUGGGAAGAGGGACCACCCAUCAAACAUUUACAAAGUGGAGGGUGGCUGUAUAACUAAGCUGGAGCAGUUUCUGGCUGAUCACUUGCUCAUCAUUGGGGCUGUGGGGAUAGGAGUGGCCUGUUUUCAGAUAGCAGGAGCAGUGCUGACUGCCUGCUUUAUUUAUCUGCUCUAUAAAGAAGAGGAAGAGGACUUCUCUGACAUUUGAUUGAUGUGUGGAAUGGUGUUCACAUGUUGCCUGCACAGGCAAAUUAAACUGGACCCAUACUGACCAUUCUACAUCUUUAUACCGUUCCUGAAACUUCAACACACACAAACAUGACCUUGCUACUGUGCCCGCCUUUAACCGCAUGAGGCUUUACUACCGUAAAUAAUAACUGUAAGGGCUUUCUUUUAGCAUUUGCCAUUUUUUCAAAGGGGUAUCGGGACAGCCAAAUAUCCAGGCAUGUGCUAUAUAGUCUUUACUGAGACUACUUUUGGUAUUACCGCCUUAUGAUGCUAAUGCUUUUUAUAAAGUUGUUGCAUAAUGACCUAGCAAUGUAGAUAAAAAGGAAACAUUCAGAAAAUGCCUUGAAGAUACCCGCAGUCAUGCAGAUAUAAAAGAAGAAUUCAGUAAAGUCCUUUUAUUUUUUACCUUUGUGUAAAUUAUAAGGUAUGUCCACUGAAUAUAUUUGUUAUUUUUUUUUACCAACCAUGUAUUUGCUUUGAUUUGGUUAUGUUAAAUGUACUGUAUGUAAUGCGCUGCUACUUUAGAUCUCAAACAGGAGUUGGAACCUGCUUAUAGGGACUAAGAAGUACACUGGACCAAUCAAUCAAAUUAUCAUUCAUGAAUAUGGCCUAACAAUUUUCUCAACUAGGAUGACUGAAUAUUAUGCUUACAGAUUGGAGCUUUCAGUGAACUCCCGUUUAGGUUCAUGUCAUAAGUUGUUUCAUUGAGUGAAGGAAAAAAUGAGCAGUAUUGCUUUGUCUAACAAAUCACAGCUGCAAACUCUUCAUGUAGUUGCCACAGCAACAUCAGCCUUGUUGAAAUUCAGUGUCAUUUGGGGGGAAAGUGGCUUUUCACUUGAAACGAAUGAUUUAAUUGAACAUCCUUUAUUUGCUGUACUGAUUACGAUCUGUAAUAAUUUUGCUUCAUGCCGACGACAGAUUAUUCUUAUAUUUCAAAUGUAAGUAAAAGCAUUGUGCGCAAGAAUCACUCAUCUGAGCUGCUAGAAAGUCUGUUGGUUGUGACUUAUAUGCAUUUUCCCAUCACAUUAAUUAUGAUAUAAUAGCUGUUAUAUGCAGUCUUUUAUUAGAGCACAGUUACAUAUUUGUAGAUUGAAUGUCUAUCACCAGUCGCUCUGAUAAAAAUGGAAGUUCACUUCAUAAAUGAUUUGUCUUAAGACUAUUGCAUCCUUUUGAGGGCAGUAGAAGAAUUCGCUUCAAAAUGUCUCUUUGUUUGAUGUAUGUUUGUAGAACUUGUGUGUCUUAAUAAAAUUGAAUUUUCUUGAUGUGUU